AUGAGGAUUUUUGUCCUCUUACUGCUACUCCUAAUAGGAGUUACUCUCGGGCAAAAAAGAGCUGCCUCUCAACCCACUGCCACUGUUCAGGCGCCAUGUCCAGCUAAUACAUUUACCUGCAAAGAUGGAUCGUGUAUCCCAGAGGAUUGGGUAGGAGACGGUGAAGCUGAUUGUGAUGAUCAUUCGGAUGAAGAAGGACUUGAACCGGUCGAUGUUCCACCACCAAGUUCGAUUGUUCCUGAGGCAAAACCACCAAAACAGAAGCCACAAAUGGAAAGUGUGCCCGUAGAGCCGGUUCCAGCUGAUGAAGGAAGUGAUGAAGAAGAGGAAAUCGAGGAAGAGGCAUUUGAUGAGGCGACACCGUCAACAAAAGCUCCAACAGCUCAAAUCACUGGCAUUGAGUGUCCGGCAGAGCAUGCUCGUCGAUAUGAAGAGUGCGGCCAUCCAAUCGCAAACUUCAUUGAUGAUCUUGCUCGUCUCAAUCUCUCUAAUAUGUCUCUCAUGGAAGAUCAUGAAAAUCUCGAAAAGUUUGAGGCUUCUUGUGAGCUCUUGCGCGAGUACGAGAUUUGCGUUGAAGGAGCAGCACCCACCUGUCAUCACAUUCCAGCUGUCACUGCUUGGAAAGAUAUCGAAAUGUAUGUCUGCCAGUUGCUUGUCCCUUCAGUCAAAGAGCACACCGCAUGUUUCCAAAAGAAAAGAGACCCAAAAUGCACAGUCAGCAUUCCGGAUGGAUCAAGCACAUUGUGUCGAGUUGUUUCAUCAAUGAUUCAAGAUAUGGGAUGCUUAGAAAAAGCUGAAGUCUGUGAAGCUGAUGCAAGGGAAAUGCUGGUUCCAAUUCAAAUGGAAAGCGAGCACAUUGCAAAAGAGAUUCGAUGCCCGCCCAUUCCAUCUUUGCAUGAGACUGAGAUGCCUGAAGAGGAAGAGAAAGAGGAAGAGAAAGAGGAAAAAGAGCAAGAAGAAGAACCAGUCACCACAAUUGCCCCAAUGACCGAACAACUCACCAAGCAGUCACCCACGAGAGCAUCCACAACGAGAAUUGAAAUAAAAGAAACCACACCAGUCACAACAACCACAACAAAACAACCAUUGACCACUGAGAAAGAAGGUGAAAGAAGUGGUGAAAGUGAGACUCCGUUUGAAAGUACGGCUUUUGAAAAUGGAGAUGAGUCUGAAGAAGUUGCUGAAGAGAUUGUAACGACGGAAAACCCUACGACAACAACAAUGACGACUGUUUCAACAACAACAAUGACGACGACUGAAGCUGUUGAAGAGCCAGAGGAUUUGAAUGAUUUAGCUGAACUUGAAGCCACUUUACGACGAGAACAAUCACAGAUUCAAAAUAAUCGCCAAACUGUCGUCCCAAUUGUGCACACCACUCCUGUCACUACAACUGUUUUACCAACAACAACUAAGAUGAAAAAAGUCGCAACUGGCGAAGCAGCGGCUGCAAUGGUUUCAAUGGUUGAUGCUGCAAAAGCAAUGCUUUCAAUUGAAGAAAUUUGUGGAAAUCCGGUUUCGAAUAAGGCAUUCGACCGAUUGCAAAAAGAGCUGUGCAAACGAAAAGAGGACAUUCAAGAACAUCAGCAAUGCUUCCAGGCCACAAUCGAAAAAGCCAAAUGUGCAGUUCGGGAACCAACUAAUGCAUGUGAAGCUCUCGAGGCAUUUAAUGUCAAUCUUGACUGUGCUAUCAUCACGAUGAACGAUGAGUGCCCGGUUGAGGCUCAAGAUCUUGUCGUUGAGAUUCAAGAGCAAAUCAAUGAUGUUACAAUUGAAAUGAAAUGUUUCAAGGAAGAGGAGAAGCAAGGGGAGAACGAAACGCCAAAAGGAGAAGUCGAAUUCCCGCUCAAUCCUACUCUUCCUAAAUGCACUGAUUCACAAGAAAAUAACGCAUUGGCUUGCCUUGUCGAAUUGUCAGAAAUCAAUCAACAAAUGGCACAAUUCCAAGGUCAAAACUUCUUGUUAGAGAUUGCUACCGAAAACUCGACAAUUGUGGCCUCAAUUUGUGGAUUUUUCGAAAAAUAUGAGAAAUGCUUGCAAGCCUCGGUCUUCAGUGAGACAAAUGGAAACCGAUGCUCAUUCGCUUCACCUCUUAACACGCUAGCAAGAAUUGGUUUGCAACCUCUUUGUGAUACUCGCACAAAGCCAUUGUUGGCCAGACAUCGAGAUUGUCUUUUAUCUUUGGCUCAAAAUCCCGCGGCUAUGUGUCAAUCGGGUUUGGGCGGACUCGGUGGAGCUGUUCAGAAAAUGAUGCAGGGAGUUCACUCAGAAGCUCUUCUCUGCAAAUCGUUCUACGUUAUCCGUGACACUUUCGAGUGUGGCGAGAGAAAGGUGGCCGAAUUUUGCGAUGCAGCAGCUAAAGUCGAUUUGGGAAAAGUGAAGCAACAGAUGUCGGAGAUCGGCGAAGAAGAGGGUUGUCCAAAAGUGGCACCAGCAAAUCUUGAUGAAAUCAUCGCUAGACCCGUGCAAAGGCCGACGCCAUUCCCCAUCCCUCCACCACCACAAAGAGCAUCGGAUAUCGAUGGUGCUCCAAAGGCUCGUCCUCUCGCUCCUUCUUCUCCAAGACCUGUCACACCUGUGCCUACAUGCACUCCCGAACAACAGAAAAAAUUCCAAGAUUGCGUCCAACCAAUGACCGUUUUCCAACCUCAUCCACUUUCCGUCAUCAAAGUGCCAAAACAGAUCGAUGAGGCUUGCGCUAAGUUUGAUGAGUUCAAAACAUGCACUACUGGCAUUGAAUGUCAUCCAUUGUGGGCGAAGGGUAUGAGCGCCAUGUUUGAGUUCGCUUGUGGAGAAGGCAUGCAAGCCUAUGAUCACGUGAAACAAUGUGUUCGCAAAGUUUCUCAAGCUCAGAAUGUCAAAGAAUGCGUUGCCAUUUUCUCACGUGGAGCCCCACAACAAGCGUGCUUCUCAGCGAAUAAACUCUUGAGUUGUGCCAUGGUGCCAGUAGAACAAGAGUGUGGAGUGAAUGGAACCAAAUUCAUCAUUGACUAUGUGACAAAGUUCGCUACUGCCAUUGAUCCCAGAUGCAAACUGGCCAGUCAAAUUCCAAUUGGUCGUGUCGUUGGUGUGUCUUGCUCAGUGGAAGAGGAAGCUCUCGUUGACAACUGUGCCGCUCCACUCAAUGACAUUGGGCAACGAAUGGAGGAGAUGUUCCAUGGUGGUUUGAAUCAAUUGGUGAAAAAUGCAAAUAUGCUGGCGCCUAUUUUCGCGGGUGCUUGCAACUUGACCGAUGAGUUUAGAAUGUGUGCUGCGGGACCACUCUCCGGGCAAAGCCCAUGUAUUGUGAGCAAUUGCAUGGUAAAAGCCGGAGAAGAGAUUUGUGCCCAAGCCGAUCCAGUCAAAGCAAUCGAUGACCAUCUUUCUUGCUUGUUUGGACAGGUUCAAGAACCAACUUUCGCGAAAUGUGUCCGUUCAACAUUGGCCACUGUCAAGCAGUUCUCUUUGUCUUCUUUCCGAUCUGUUCUACCAAAAUUCACCGACUGUGUUGAAGACGUUGUGAAAGGAAAAUGUGGACUUGUCCCUAUAAAAAUCCUUCGUUCAAUUUCUUCUCCUGAAUUGUGCCCAUUGAGUGGAGCUCCAAUUCGCAUGCAACCAGUCUUCACCGGUCCGCCUAAGCCUAUCAGCAAUGAAGGUGUUCAACCUGUACAACCAAUGGCUGCUGGAAUUGUACCAGCUCGCGUUGAGCCGACUGUUUGUGAUGCUGAGAAAAAGACAGCUUAUGACCAAUGCGUGAUGCCUUUCUACUCAAAAUAUCGAAUGCUGCCAAUCGCACUUCUCAAUGAUGUUGACAAUAUGGACAAGGUUUGUGCCGAUGUUGCGAUAAUGGAUUCAUGUUCACAAGCGGUGAGAAUUUGUGCGACACCGGAACAAAGAGGACUCAAAGCAAUGACAAUGCAAGUUUGCGCUAGCCGAGCGGCGUUUGAUCAACACAAGAUCUGUUUGAAGAAUGUGAUUUCAAAGAAUUCUUCGUGCAUGUCUCAAUAUCUUUCAUCACCACCGGAAGAGGCUUGUGCUGCGAUUCAAGCGGCCGCCAACUGUAUGGCCUCACAAGUGACUUCUGAGUGUGGUCGCCCGGCGAUGGAUUACACUUUCCCAGCCAUGGCUGAUUACGCACGAUAUGUGGAUUCAAAGUGCAACAUCGUUGCUCCCACGAUCGAGCUAACCGGAUGCUCUGAGCAAGACUUUGUUGAAUACUUAAACUGUGACAUGAUUAUCGAUAAAUUCCACUUCUCUCCAAUCUCGAUCAUCGGAGAUGCCACAAAGUGGGAUGAGUUCUGUGGAGUUGUCGAAAAGAACUAUACACCAUGCAUUGAUGGUCUGAAAUGCAAAUUUGAGCCAGUAUCCAGUGCCAAUCGGCGUCUCUUUGAUUCAAUUUGCAACAAAGAAAUCAAUUUGAGAGACCAAAAAGCUCAUGGUGCUUGCCUAUCAAAAGUGGUAGGAUCAGCAGAAGGACAAAAAUGCGUCGCUCCAUUCAAAGCUCUUGAUUGGACAGCGAAAAAUGCGGCAGCAAACGUGUGCAAAGUAAUGAACUCAGUGAUGGGUUGCUCGUCGCGGAUGAUCGAGACGGAAUGUGGCUUUGAAGCUCUGCUUCAUGUCUUUGCCCUGCACAUGGAUUACGCAAUCACUUUUGAUAACAAUUGUGUCCUUGCCAGUCCCGAGCCAUUGCCAACGACAAGUAAGGCGCCAGAGCCGCAGCCCGAGCCUGAGCCAACACCGACACCCCAGCCAAAGCCUGAACCGACACAAGCCUCUGAUUCACAUCCAAGAGAUGUUCGAACAAGAAGCUCUUCAUCAAUGUUUGCUUCAUUUGCAUUGCUCGUCUUGCUUCCACUUCUACGGCAU